UGGCUCGCUUUCUUGCUUGCAUCUUUUUCCUCUGCCUCUCAAAGGGAUUCAUGUGGGUUUUGAUGGACUUGCAAAGUCUACUCUUUCCUUUGCUGAGGCAAUGGGAAAUACUCCAGUGACAGCAUUGUUCAGGUUUCUCUCCUCCGGCACUUGACUUCACUCUGAUUUGAGAGAGAGAGAGACAGACACAGAGAGAAAGAGAGAGAGACAGAGAGAGAAGAGGGGGGGAGGAGUGGUGAUUGAGCGCAAAGGGGGCAGGACUUUUUCUCUCCGGGUCCUAUUAAGAGCAAACUUUGUGUUUUUGUUCUCCAAGUUCAGCUCAGUGCUCUCCAGCCUGCACACAGUUCCUUUCUGCUGCUCCUUUUCGUUUCCAUUUAUUAUUUUUUUCUUCUCCUCAAUGGUUUUGUUUGCUCGCCUGUUGGUUACUACUGUGCGCUUUUUCAUGGGGGAUUUGGACACCGGGAGGAUGCGCUUUUUGGGGGAACAAACGCUCAAAGUUGUCUUUUCAGCCAGCCCCGGGUUGUUUUAGUAGAUACAUAGAUGUUCUUCGGGUUGGAAUGAACAAUGGUGCGGAUCCUUGGUGCUCUGGCCGAGGGCAUGCUCUGGUUUCGGCUACUGUUGUUGUGCGUCGUGGAGUUGGAGCUGGGAGCGGGGCUUUCUACUUUCCAGGGUUUCUAUCUUCCACCUGCGAACGGGUCGCUUCUCACACCUGCUCGGAGGACAGACGGGGUCGUGCGGACCAUUGACCGGAUUUACCACGGAGGAGGGAAGGUGGGCUACCUGGUGUACCUGGAUGGGAGCCGGUUUCAGCUGGACAUGGAGCGGGACGAGUUGGUGCUGUCGCAUCACUUCAGCCCCCAGUAUGUGCUCGCUAUGAUGGGGAACAGCCCCGCGGCUUUGCAGCGGGAGUGUGCGUACCGCGGGACAGUGGACUCCAACCCGGAGUCCCUGGCCGUCUUCAACCUCUGCGGCGGGGGUCUCGAGGGCUUCUUCGCCGUGGACCACGCGCGCUACACCAUCACGCCUAUCAUCAGGGCGAAGGGACACGAGCACGACGUGCGCGCCCUGCAGGACAAGGACGCGGAGAGCGCGCUCCACGUGUUCACGCGCGAGAGCUUCAGCUUCGAGGCCAUGCGCGAGGGGCGCGAGAGCUGCGGGACGCGCGACGGCCGCAGAGGACGCAGGGAUGCGGCGGGGAAGCGCCGGCACAGAGGUCGCGGGAAGGGGAGACGGGACGGAGAGGGGCUCGCGGAGGAGAGCGCGGGCAGCCACGGAGCGCACGGGCGAACACGGUGGAGCCGGCUCACCAAAGCGGCUGCUCCGGAGCAUGGCACGCGGAGCAAGCGGUCGGUCUCUCGCGCAAGGCACGUGGAGCUGCUCCUGGUAGCCGACGACACCAUGACCAAGAAAUACGGCAAGGACUUAAACCACUACCUGCUCACACUGGCCGCCAUCGCCUCCAAGCUGUACGGCCACGCGAGCAUCGAGAACCCCAUCCGGCUGUCGGUGGUGAAAGUGGCCGUGGUCACCGAGAAGGAGAAGGGGCUCGAGGUGUCCAAGAACGCGGCGGCGACGCUGAAGAGCUUCUGCAAGUGGCAGAACCAGCAAAACCCGCUGGACGACGACCACCAGCAGCACCACGACGCCGCCAUCCUCUUCACCAGGCAGGACCUCUGUGGCCACCACUCCUGCGACACCCUUGGCAUGGCGGACGUCGGCACCAUCUGCUCCCCGGAGAGAAGCUGCGCCGUCAUCGAGGACGACGGGCUUCACGCUGCGUUUACUGUCGCGCAUGAGAUAGGUCACCUGCUGGGUCUGUCCCACGACGACUCCAAGUUCUGCGAGGAGCGCUUCGGAGUGAACAGCGACAAGCGGCUCAUGUCCUCCAUCCUCACCUCCAUCGACGCCUCCAAACCCUGGAGCCGCUGCACCUCGGCCACCAUCACGGACUUCUUUGACGACGGCAACGCCGAGUGCCUCCUGGACUCUCCCCGCCAACCCCUGUUGGGCCCCGAGGAGCUCCCAGGGCAGAGCUACGACGCCGUCCACCAGUGCCGCCUGGCCUUCGGCCCCGAGUACACCGUCUGCCCGGGCAUGGACGUGUGCGCCCGCCUGUGGUGCGCCGUGAUUCGCCAGGGACAGAUGGUGUGUCUAACCAAGAAGCUGCCGGCCGUGGAGGGAACGCCCUGCGGGAAGGGACGCAUCUGCCUGCAGGGGAAGUGCGUGGACAAGACCCGCAAGAGGCACUACUCGGCGUCCAACCACGGCAGCUGGAGUUCCUGGGGUCCUUGGGGUGUGUGCUCCAGAACUUGCGGAGGCGGGGUGCAGUUCGCCCAACGCCUGUGCAACAACCCGCCGCCACGGAAUAACGGGCGCUACUGUACGGGAAAGAGGGCCAUUUAUCGGUCCUGCAACGUCACACCAUGUCCACCAUCGAAUAAGAGUUUCCGGCAGGAGCAAUGUGAGGUGCGCAACGGCCCCCAGACGGAUCCGAAAGGGGUGAAGACCUUUGUUGAGUGGGUGCCUAAGUACGCUGGAGUCCUCCCCAAAGAUGUGUGCAAGUUGACCUGCAGAGCAAAAGGAACAGGAUACUAUGUGGUGUUCUCUCAGAGGGUGGUUGAGGGGACAGAGUGUCGUCCAUACAGCAGCUCGGUGUGCGUGAAAGGGAAGUGUGUACGGACAGGCUGUGACGGCAUCAUUGGCUCCAAGCUCCAGUUUGACAAGUGUGGUAUUUGUGGAGGCGACAGCACAGGAUGUAUACGCGUUGUGGGCAACUUCACCAAGAAGAGUAAGGGCUACACUGACGUGGUGAAGAUCCCGGCAGGCUCCACCCACGUCAAGGUUCGCCAGCACAAGGCCAAGGACCAGACCCGCUACACCGGCUACCUGGCCCUCCGACGGCCCAACAACGAGUACCUCCUAAACGGCAAGUUCAUGAUCUCCACCUCCGAGACAAUCAUCCCGCUCAACGGUUCUGUGCUCAACUACAGCGGCUGGAGCCAGAGGGACGAGUGGCUUCACAGCAUGGGUCCCGGGGCCCUCCAAGAAGCCUUGGUGGUCCAGAUUCUGGCGACGGACGCUAAAAAGCCCCUGGAUGUUCGUUAUAGUUUCUUCAUGCCCCGACGGACAGCCCCACAGCAGCCGUCCGCUCCGCUCAUCCCCAACCCGAAGUUGACCCCUGUUCAGAGCACUACAAGAGUCUCAAGCACCACCACCAGAACCACCACUACAUCUUCCUCCGCUUCCUCUGUCCUGGUCCCAGGGCCACCGACAGCUCCCGGUCCCUCCACCCCAACUCCCGGGCCCCGUUGGGUAACGGGUUCCUGGAUGACAUGCUCCAGGACUUGUGACACUGGCUGGCAGAGCCGGACUGUGCAGUGUAAGGACCAGAAUGGGAAACUGUCCAAGGGCUGCACGCUAGGUGCCCGACCCUCUGCCUUCAAACACUGUCUGGUGAAGAAAUGUUGAGGCGGAAGGAGUUUAAUCUGUACAUCUGAUAAAAGGUCUCAAGUGCUGGAUGUAGGACUAUGGACCAAUACAUUUAAGAACCUUAAACAGGACUGUGAAAUUUGGCUGAUAGCGCCUGGACCAGAUACGCAGAGACCCAGAGACAGAUUGUCGUGGAUGUACCCGACUAUAUGCCAGAGGAAUGUCCUGGAAUCAUAGUAGCUAUGCAGAGCACAAGUAGAACGGUGGACAGUGUCUGUAUGAUAGUGGCAAGGAACACCCUGGCGUAGCCAACGACUUACAUUGCAUGUCUUUUCCACAUGGACAGUAACUGAUUGUCUUUACUAAGGUCUCCAAACCCUGGAGGCUCAGUGUGUGUUGCCCUGUAAUGGCAUGCCUGUCGUGUUGUUGUUUUUUCAUGCUAUUCUAAUCACUGUGGGGAGUUGGAAGCACUCGUUAUUCACCUUGUCGUCAUGUCUGCCCGAAUCGUAGCCCAGUCAUUCUGCGUCCUCUUUUACUACCCUGACUUGGAAAUUUCACUCACUGAACAGCUCGUAGAAUGUUGAAAUGAUGAACUCACCGGAUUAAGAAAUCUUUGUAGCAACGAAUCAUGUCAAAUCAACAAUUGCUCAGGGUGUCUAUUUCUUAAACCAACUUGAGUGCAUCCUUGCCGUAUUGUAACUGAAAUGGUGCUCUCCUUACCUUCUGGCUGCCUACCAGUACUCUUCCCGUAAAUACAUUUAUGAACCACUCAAAGACCGAAAUGUCCAAAAGACAGGAGAUAUACAUGAUGGUCCUGGAUCAGGGCUACCCAUAUGCCCCGACUAUAAGCGCUCUGUGUCUUUGUUUGACGGAUCUGUCCAGCUGAAAAUCGAGAAGCAGCACAAGAAGAAGGGCAGACUUAACAUGAACCAUUUCCCAUAGUGGUGGCCAAGAAUGGAUGGGUGAACCCAGACGUUUGGUUGAUGGACGGUGCGUUGCGUCGCGUCCCAAAUCCAAUCAGUCUCGAACUAUUCAGAUACGUCUCAGCUCAAGUUGUUGAAAGGUUUCGGGAAGAAAGUCUACCCAGAAGACACAAGUCACCUGUGCAGCUUGUUGAUACACAAGCAUGGUGUGAUGGGAUGGAAGCGUACGGUGGCCUUCAAGGGACAAACUUUAUAACAGUUAAAUCGACAAAGGGGCAAAGUAACCACGACACUCCUUAACAUUUAUGGAGGUUAAUGAUGACUCACAGGUUUGGGGCAAUGCUUGAUUAUUUGUUUGUGGGUAUGUGUGUGUGCGUGUGUGUGUGCAUGUUAUGUGCUUGCACAUUCAUCCAGGCCUGUGUUUGAAGCACAUACAGUAUGAACCGUGAACGUGUGCGUCUUGAAGCUUCUUCCCUCUCAGUUCCGUUUGCAUCAGUCAUUAUGCUGGUGCUGGGAGGUUUGCGACCCUCAUGUUUUGUUGUGGCGGUCAACAUCUGUUUGUUGGUCUGUUUAUCUGUUUAGGAAGCAAUAGUAUGACAAUGUGAGCCCUGGAUACUCGCAACGACAGCAAGGGAGAUACUAAUGCCGUCAUUAAUGUCCUUUUGCAAUUCACCUCCUUUUCAUCACUCAUUCUCUAUUUUACUACUUUUGUUUUAUCUGUUUCCCACUCUGGUGGGUGAUGUCACAUUACAAAAAUUCAGAUUGUGCCACAGAAUAGAUGAUUUUAAAGGGUCAGUUCACCCAAAAUACAAAGAAUCGAGAUAUUGAGAUAUCCUUCUGGUGCAACCUGCCCAGUCAAUGAAUGGAAUUCCCUCCCCGGCCGUAACAGCUUUGAAAAGUGACAUUUACAAUUUUCAGAAGAAAAUCCAGAAACAAUGCCUUGUUUACGUCAGACAAUCCACAGACCUCACUGUCAACAAUUUACGUGGAACUACUUCCUGCUAUAGAAAUAGUGCCGAUACUCUGGGAUACUGAUUGUGGGAAAUGAUGUUGCUGUUGAUUUAAAGAAAUUGUUUGACACUUUGUUCAUUUUCUUGCUGAGAAUUAGAUCUGAAGAGUGAUACCACUGUCGUGCCUGUCCUUUUAAAUAUUAAGCUAGAGCCAGGAAAUGGUUAGCAUAGCUUAGCAUUGAGACUUGAAGCAAGGGGAAAGCGAUUGUGUCCAAAGAAUCAAAAUACACCUACCAGCAUCUUUUAAUAUGGCUUAAUAUUGUUUGUUUAAUUUGUGCAAAAAUCGGAGUGUAAAAACAACAAUUUGCCCAUUUUAAUGCUAAGCUAAUGCACUGCUGGCUCUAGCUUCAUAUUGAACAGACAUGUAUGAGUGUGGUAUCAAUCUUCUUGUCUAUCACUCAAGAAAGUUAAUCAAAAUGUCCAACUUACUUUUUUUACUAAGUAAAAAAAACAAACAAUCUGCAUCACUAAAUGCCACCAGGUAUAAGUGAGGAGACUUGCUUUUAUGGUUAUUUUGGGGACCUCGUUCCUUAAAAUCCUCCACCAAAUCUCACCAUAUCAUGCUUUGAUUUGGUUAUUUAAUCAAGGCUGCAUUAAGAGUGUAGACAAUGUACAUUACAUAUCAAAUGGACUAAAAUACCUGCCUGUAAUUGUUUACAUUACAUUACUUACAUUUUCCUGUGUGGCAAGCCUCACCCAUCUGGCACCUGUGCUGGAGAAAACAAACCAUCAGGAAGGUCUUCAGAUCGUACAUGACCCGGGUCAACAUACCACUCACACACUGCUCUCUCCUCUUCCCACACACGUUCAGAUUUAUUUACACAAUGUAGACAUUUUUUUGUACGAUGAGUAGAUCUUUCAUAUACGUGUUAGUAUUCAACCAUAUUUACACAGAAAUGCACACAUGCAGACACACCGAAAACAACCCAUCAGUUACAAAGCAUUUGAGUAUUUCAGAAACCCUCACACACACACGCACACACACAAUCUACUCUGACUCUUCCAGUGGGGAAACCCCGCUCGCUGAACGACAGAAACACAGCACUGAACUUGUAAUUUAUUGUUUGUACAACUGGUAUGUGUGUGUGUGAAUAAAAAAAACAAUGAGAUGA